GAUUUUGCUUGCGCAAAGGGAAAGCUGAAAUUGAAAUAUAGCAGAUCGCAAAAUCAGUCUCUUCGCUACUUUGCUUUCUUCUUCUCUACCAGAACAACGAAUCCAUAACCCAAAUCGAAAUGAAUUUCACCGCUUCGAAGGGGAACGAUCAUGGGCUGCUGGGCGCUGAAUCUGACUCUCAAAGAACUCAGUAUCCUUUCGUUACUGGGACAUCAGUGAUAGCAAUCAAGUAUAAAGAUGGGAUUUUGAUGGUUGCUGAUAUGGGAGGUAUGGCCCAUGAUUUCGCAUAUUUACGUCAUUCAUCUUGCUAUUUCGAUUUGGCUUUGUACUUGUCAAUUGUCAGGUUUAAUUUAACCGUAUACGUUUACAAAUUUGUUUUAUUCUCUAAGGCUAGUAAUGGCUAUCUUCUUGUUUGUAAUCGAACCUAAUGCGCCUAAUUCUGCUUCCUCCGGUUACAAACAUAAACACGUAGAUGUAUAUUUGUGGGUGCUACAAUCUGUAAAUAGCUAAACUCAUCUUAAUUUCGUGACAGAAUAGCGUAAAAUUGAAGUUCGGGUUUUGCUGUUGAUACUACUGGUUUAUCAAGAGAUGAAAAACUUGUGCAUGUCUAUUUCUGCAUCUGCAUCUAUACUAUCAAGUAGCAUAUUUGUGAUAAAAUCGUGUUAUCUUUUGGUUGUUGAGGGACUUCGACUAAUUAGAAAUUUUUUGAAUUUGUUGAAGAAUGUAAACUCUAUCCUUUUACAAU